AAGAUAUUUUAUGAAUCUGGCUGUUUUAAGGAAGGUCAACAAAAGUCCGAAAGUGUAAACAUGGCCUCGGUUGUGAGGUCUUUUACUCUAAGUUUACCUGCUAGAAAUUUAUUUAAAAAUGUAUCGUACCAGUAUGGAGCUUCUAUAAUACCAAAUAGAACUAAAACUAAAAGAUGGUAUCCAGAUUUGGAGUUUCUGGAACAAUUUGAAGGACCUGUUAUGUAUCCAGAAAAUUUCCCAGGAGUAAAAUGGAAACCAAGACCUUUAAAAGAUAAAAUACCUCCAGUGGAGAAAAAAAUUCAAAAUAUGAUUCUGAAUUUUGGCCCUCAACAUCCAGCAGCUCAUGGAGUGUUACGUUUGAUUCUGGAAUUAGAUGGAGAGACUGUAAUCAGAUCUGAUCCUCAUAUUGGACUCUUACAUAGAGGCACUGAAAAGCUUAUUGAAUACAAGACUUACACUCAAGCGCUUCCUUACUUUGAUAGACUGGAUUACGUAUCCAUGAUGUGUAAUGAGCAAUGUUACUCCCUUGCUGUUGAGAAGCUUCUAAACAUCGAGGCUCCACCUCGAGCUAAAUGCAUCAGGGUUUUGUUUGCUGAAAUUACUCGAAUUCUCAAUCACAUCAUGGCAGUGGGUACUCAUGCUUUAGAUGUUGGUGCUUUGACUCCAUUUUUCUGGUUAUUUGAAGAAAGAGAAAAGUUAAUGGAAUUUUAUGAAAGAGUUUCUGGAGCUCGUAUGCAUGCUGCCUACGUUCGACCUGGUGGAGUUAAUCAGGAUCUUCCUAUUGGCUUAUUAGAUGAUAUAUUUGAAUGGUUAAGCAAAUAUGGUCAACGAAUUGAUGAAGUCGAGGAUUUAUUGACAAACAAUCGAAUAUGGAGAGCUAGGACAAUCGAUAUUGGAAUAGUGAGCUCUGAAGAUGCUUUGAACUAUGGCUUUAGUGGUGUUAUGCUAAGAGGAUCUGGAAUUAAAUGGGACUUAAGAAAAACGCAACCAUAUGAUGGUUAUGAAAACUAUGACUUUGAUAUUCCUAUUGGUAUCAAAGGUGAUUGCUACGAUAGGUAUUUGUGCCGAAUUGAAGAAAUGAGACAGAGCAUGCGUAUCAUAGAGCAAUGUAUUAACAAAAUGCCCGAGGGGGAAAUUAAAGUGGAUGAUCAUAAGGUUGUACCACCUACACGGGAGGAAAUGAAGACCUCUAUGGAAGCAUUGAUACACCACUUCAAACUUUUCACACAAGGUUACCCUGUACCUCCUGGUGCCACAUACACUGCUAUAGAAGCUCCAAAAGGUGAGUUUGGUGUUUAUUUGGUUUCUGAUGGAAGCAGUAGACCAUACAGAUGCAAAAUAAAAGCUCCUGGAUUUGCUCACUUGGCUGCCCUAGAUCAUAUAGGGAAAAGACAUUUGUUAGCAGAUAUUGUAGCUAUUAUUGGUACUCUGGACGUUGUGUUUGGAGAAAUCGAUCGUUAAAAAUCUUUCUAAUUUAGUUCAAUUCCUAGGUAGUUUGUUUCAAAAUACAUCCCUUAUGUACAUAAAAAAAAUCAAAGAAUGUAUCGAAAACUAAAUAAAGAAUUACAUCUU